GACAUAGGCAGUUUCUCAAAUGUGACGGUACACAUAUGGGUUCGGCGAAGGAUAAUAUUCGUCAACUUAUCGGAGAGUUUCAGGAGUAUGAUUCUGUUCUGCAUAUUGUGGACAAGUGUCAUUCUGAAUUCUUGAAGAAUGGUUUACAUUCUAAUCGCGGUGAGACGCGUCCAAUAAUAAGUUGUUUGGACGCUUGUAAUGAAUAUGUUGUGUUUGGCUGGGAUAACGGAUUUCUGAGUGUAAUUGACAAGAAAUCGUGCAAAGUUGCUGGAAUUGUUAAAGUUUGUGAAGCAUAUUUGUAAUUCCCUCAAAUUUAGGUUGAAAAUGUUCAUAACAUUCUUAGGAAAACGUCAUCAGCUAUCCCUAUUUCUGUCAAAGUACGUUCAGAAAACAGACUUGUGAUUGUGUGCUCCUGCUAUUAUAACAUGAAAGCUACCUACAAAAAGUCUCUGGUUUUUCGAAGUGAGGAGCAGUCCCUAAUAGUUCUCCAUUCUUUGCCGUUGUCAGACAGCAAGAAAUUAAAAUUGUAUCCUGUGUCCAUUCAAAAUCCGCAUCAUAACAUGCUCUCCGGAAACUUUUAUGUUUCUCCAUCCGGUGACGCUUUCAUCACAGGCGAUAUUCGUGGCCUAAUUGUGUCUUUCAAGUAUGUUAACGAAACUGCUAGUUAUAAAUCAUCAGUAUUGACUGUCGUUCCUGGUUCAGUUGUUGAUCUUAAGCUAACAAAAGGAUAUUUACUGUUAAUAACAUGUCGUGUAUUGCCUGAAGCACAUACAUCACCGACUCUUGAUCAUGAUGUUUUAGAAGUGAUUCAAAACGGUGGAUUAACUUAUUAUCUGUACAAUAUCAACACUAGAAAGUUGAUAAAACUUGAGUUAAACACUCUACUGCCUAGUUCCUUAGGAGGAUUAAACGUAUCAUGUAUCAGCCCGGUAUGGUUACAUGGUCAUGAUUUCCACUUUGCGUGUACAUUAUCCCAUACAUCCAAUAGAAAUCCUGAUUCUUCUUCUUCUUCUGCAUUAGAGCCAAAUAGCCUAAAUUCUGUGUACUUUUGUGCUGUAUUUUCUGUCAGCAUAAAUCAAACCGAAGAUUCUAUGCAGAUUAGUUUUGAUUCAGUAUUAUCCAUCGAGAAGGCAUCAUUCAUUGGCCAAUCAAAUAGUCUACGUGUUUUAUCUUCACAGAUUUCUAUCGAUCCUAUCUAUCCUAGGGACGUGGGUGGUGAUGAUGGUGGCGAUGGUGAUGUGAAAUGGCGUCAUUUUCAAUUGUGUAUGCUUAGUGGAGAGUCUGGCUUACACUCUCUAUCGUCCAAUUUACUUGUCUAUUGGACUAAACCAUUGGAUUCAAAUUAUUCUUUAUUCGCCCUUUUACAACCUAAUCAAUCGCCAGUAGUUCUAUCAAAUUACAAUGUAGCAUUUCCAAUCAAAUCAAUAGAAUUGUUGACUUAUUCUCAACAGCUUGGUCAAAUUAAUACAGUCAAUGCUUUAUGGUUAAAACCUUGUCAUAAUUAUGCUACACGUAAACGUGCAUUCGGUGGGAUUGGAUUAGAAAUAUGGAUUAUUAGACAGCUACCACAAGGAUAUGAAUUAAACAAUUCAGAAGUGGUUGUCUUAUCCACUAGACCUUUACGAGCCCAUCUUAUCGUCUUAGCACCGAAUAUCACUUAUGCUGAUUUCUUUGCAAAUUCCAGUCAUCAAAACACUUCAUUAAUUCAGUCAAUGCUGUCUCAGAGAUCUGCUGGAACUGGGAUCAAGACCGCUACAAGCACCAUCAAUAAUAGUAAAAUCUCAUCAUCUGGUCGUACUCCUCCGUCUUUGUCAAAUGCAUCAUCAUCAUCGUCUUCAUUGUUAUCAUUACCGGCGGCGGUCUCCCCUUCCGUAUCAUCAUCAUCGUAUUCAUCGAAGGCGUUAGUACAGAGUCAAUUAAUAUACCCGGAUGGUAAUAAUAAUGUUAAUCGUCGAAAUUCACUCAUGUCCUUUUCAUCAUCUUCUUCAAGAAAAUAUAGCACUGAAAAAUUUAAAAUGUCCGUCUUCAUACCAUGGCCUUCUAAAUUAUUAUCAGAUGGAAAUAAACGUCAGUCAGACAUAGUCGAAGGAUAUGAUAUUGGUGUUGAUGCUUGUACAUUAUUAGACGAUGAUUCGGAAUCACCUUCAUCACAUAUACCAACCGUAGUCAGUGCUAAGUUAACCGAUUCUGGAUCAAAUUCCGUUUUACUGAGUAAAUCCCAGCUACAAUCAGAUGUAUUGUGCACUUCAGCGGGGGAUGGAUGUACAUCAGAACGAAAUCCACAGUUUCUUGAAUCAAAUGAUGACAGUUCAUUACCAAAAACUGAAAUCUCCAGGGAUAAUUCUUCAUCAACCAAUGUAAUGUAUCCAUCAGAAUCCUCUGAAAUCUCCAAGAUAUCCACUGUGACUUCUUGUUCAUCUAGUAAUUUUGAAGAGAUUACAACAACACAUGUAGAAGACGAAAGCGCUGAUAAUACUCAUAAUAUUAAUGGCAGUGAAUCUGAAAUUCCCGCUUCAACAAAUCAAAUAUUAACUUCUUCACCGGAAUCUAAUAAUAAGUGUGAAGUACAGCUAUAUCAAAGUGUAAAUACCACUACGCCGACGAUAACUACUACUAAUAAUCCAUUUAUUAGUAAUAUCUUGCCUACUGAUGAAAGUCAAAUGGUUUCACAUGAUAAUAAUAAUAAUAGUAAUGAUGGUAAUAUGUCUUCUAUGCUGAACAGUUCGUCUGCAUGGUCUAUUGAUUUUUGUUUAUCAUCGAUGACAACAACAGAGACGUCGUCGUCGUCGUCACCACUGUCAGCUGCUGAUACUUCACAAACAAUAUCGCAUUUAUCAUUGGAUAAUUUGAAGAAUGAUUAUUUCGAUUUGUUGCCGUUUGUUGAUUCCACUGGUCGACCAGGUAUCGCUUUACAUAAUCGUGUCAAUCGAAAACACUUUAAAUCGAUUUUAGCACCAUUACAGUUUGGCAGUGUCUAUUCUAUUCACAUCUCUCCAAAUGGAAAACUUAUUUGGUGUCUUGUUCCACCGCGUAACACAUCCACCAAUAACAAUCAGCAUAAUAAUCCCGCCAACACUAUUAGUCAAAGUUGCAAAAGUUUCCAUGUUGAUGUCUGUCUUGAAUCGAAUGGUAUACUUGGUCUUUUAAAAGCAUGGAAUUCUAAUGAUAUCGGUCGAUGGGAAUCUAGUGUGCUAUUGGAGAUAACAAGUAUUGAUUUGUGUAAUACAUAUGCUGUUUUCAGUACAUCAUCAGGUCAUUUAAAGAUUCAAGUUGGGCUGUCUUCUAAAAGGCCUUACAAUCAAUCCUACACAUGGCCAUGUCCUGGAUAUUAUAUUGUUCAAGUUACAACUUGUUCUGCUGGUCUAGUAUGGUGUUUAGCUAUUAGACAAUCAGAUGGUGAUAAUGAUGGGAACGACACAGUAUCAUUUGAUUGCGACAGAUUUGUUAUACUUAGUUCCAGUCUACCGAGCUCUCUAAUUGAAUAUCAAUCGUCAAAAUCAAUUUCUACUACUACUACAACUGUAACAGACCAAUUAAAACGCCUAACAUGGUCAACAACUUUUAAACUACCUUCAUUAUUGAUUCGAUCAUUAGCUGAACAGUUGACUUCAACUGGGAGUUUACCUGCAUUGAAUGAUGAUCUAGCCGCAUUGAUUAAUUGUGAACUUCAAAUCGCAUUAAUUGAUCAGAAAAUGAAAUCAAUAGUUAAAAAUCAAGAAAUGCUAGGAAGAAGUCGAAUAACGCAUUACGUAACAGCUUGGAUUCUAAUUGCAUAUUAUACACCAGAAGAAAGUGAUGCGUAUAAUAUUUAUUCGGUCAAUGGUUAUGUCCAGUGUAUUAUUGGUAGUAAAUCUGAUGAUUGUGAUGAUGAUGAAGGUGGUGAUAAUAAUAAUGAAUUUGAAUCGAUUUCCGAUUGGAAUCAGUUCACUGUCGGUGAAAUUAAUGCUACUACUAAUGCUGCUAACACACCAAACAUGAGUAGGAGCUAUUUCGGUGACUUCUUUACAAAACGAAUCACAUCUAAACAGAAAGAUUUUGUUACAUAUCCCGUUCCACUUAUUCGAUAUACUCAUUCAAUUGUCAAUAACAAAGAAUCUGAUAAAGAUGCUGAGCAUAAAACUACUCUUCAUCUUCCCAUUGAUGAUAUAAUUUCUAAUCAUCUUGUGAUACGUGCCCAACCAUUCAGGAUCGCCCUACAACGUCCUUGGAAUAAGAAUACAAUAAUUAUGCAACCAAUUAAAUCCACUUCGCAUUUAUUCACAUAUUAUUGGAAACAUUAUCAUCAUUAUGUUUUGCCAGAAAUUGAAAAUAUCAAUAAUAUAUUUAUUGUUCAGACGUUUGUUAAUUCAGAUGACAAUAAUAAUAAUGGUAGUAGUAAUAGUAAUGCUUUUAUCAAGUGUUUAUGGAUACCUAGUAAUGAUGAUUCACUUAAUAAAGGAAUUAAAUGUUAUGCAGAGACACAAGUGAAAUCAGUUAUUGAUUUAUUGAUGCCGUAUCCGAAUGAAAUUAAUGAUCAACCCGAAAAGUUAACAGUUAGUGCCAUGUGUCUAUUGGCGAGUGAAUUAUCAACUACUGAUGGUAUCACACAACUUUUCAUUGCAUUCACCAAUAGUUUAUUUAUGAGUCGUAUUGGUAUAUCAGAUCAAAAUCCGAUUGGAACGCAAUGGGUAGUUUUAAGUUGUCCAGAUAUUUGGAAGACUGAAGAGGUUCCCGGAAGUUCAACAACAGUAAUGCCGAAUUAUUUUACAUCAAUAUGUUGUAUUAAAAUGAAAUUAUGGGCUACAGAUAAUAAUGGUCGAUUGUUUACAGCUAAAUUACUCAUGAACAAUAUUAACUCUAGUAGUAGUAAUAAUAAUAGUGGUCAUUCCUAUUGGGAAACAUUAACAUGGACUCUGGAUCCUGCAUGCGAUAUUGAUCGUAAUCCUGAAGGUCAAUCAAUUCACUUCAAGUAUAUUACUGGUGCAAAUUGGGAAUCUUAUGGUUUAGGCAUUUGUUUAUGGUCAAUUGGGUAUAAAUUGUCCUCCUUACCAAAGUCAAACGAUACAAAUAAUCAUUUUCAAUUUUUCAACACUAUGAAAUAUGAAUUACAAAAACAGAUUACGCAUACAAUGAAUUCUGUAAAUACUGAAAGUGUUUAUGCUAGAUGUUUUAGAGAAGAUUCUACUCCAGAUAAAUGGUACUAUUGGUUAAAUGUACCUUCACCAACACCGAAAAGUAUCCAUAUAAACAAUAAUGGGGUAUGGUUACUGUCAUCUACCUAUCCAUCACAAAUUUACCAUCGUAUUGGAUUGAUUAUGAAUCAUCAACACGGCAGCAGUAGUGACCACCAUAAUGGUAAUAACAAUGAUAAUGAUAAAGAUCGUUCAUUACCUGCUCCAAAAGAACAUCAAAUCGGUUAUGCAUGGCAGUCUAUGCCAUGUCCCAGUGUAUUCAAUUAUCCCUCUCUAAAUAUAUCUACUAUAUAUGUACCAUUAACUGUUAAUCUCUCCAAACUGCCAACAACAACCCAAGCUUCAACUUCUCCAUCAUCCUUAUUAUCGUCGACACAACGGUCGAGACAAUCUAAUUAUGCACCGGUAAUUUUGUAUUGUUUGACAAGCAAUGGCUUAUUCCUUAGUCUUUCAUUUGGCUCUAUCAUUGAAUUCACUGGAGACUGUGAUAAUACUGAUGAAAACAACAAAAAGGAGGGGCUAUCAAGUCGGCAGUUAGCGCUAAAUUCUAAUUCGUAUGAUGCUGAACAUAACGAAUUAAUUAUAAUCGAUUCAUUUGAGUCUUAAUGUCGCCUUACUACAGUUUAAUUUGUGAUAUACCCGCAUAUAUAUAUUUGUAUAUAUAUAGAUUGUCGAUUUCUAGUCAUAUUUUAUUAAUAUAACUCAUUUUCAUAAAGUGUCAUGAAAACAGAAAGCAAGGGUCAUUGUGAU